AUGAAGAGCAACCCAACUGUGUCAGAUUAUGGAGAACAUAUAGGAUUGGAUAAAGAUGAUCACUUGAGUGAUGCAUCGCUGGGACUCUCAUAUGUUAAUGAGUUCAUAGAUACGACGAGCAAUGAGAUAGAAAUUAAAUCAACCGUUUUACGUAUAAUCGAGCAAUUAGACCUUGGAAAGGGAAAAAAUGGGAAGACUUCUCUUGAAGAUCUUACUUUAAUUCAUCUCAAAGGUGCUUUGACUAACGUGAUUUAUAAAGUGGAAAUUGUUGGAUGCACAUCUUUGCUACUUCGGAUCUUUGGAGAUAAGAAGGAGUCAGCAGUAGAUAGAAUAUAUGAAAUGGAGACCCUUCAUAGGUUGAAGUUAGCCAGUAUAAAUGGGCCGCAAGUGUUAGGGAUCUUUAAGAAUGGGAGAGUGGAGGCCUUUUUUGAGGGGUUUAAGAGCUGUGAAAGGGAAGAGGUCAGAGAUCUCGAAAUAUCUAAGGUCAUUGCUAUGAGAUUUAAGAAGUUGCAUUCAAAAGUAAUCUUACGAGGAAAAGAAACUGAACCUAUAUGUUGGACAACAAUUGACAAGUGGUUACAUAUAUUUGAAACCACGGGCGAGAAAUGGAUUGAGAAUGACAAGAACAUAAAACAAAUGUUUCUAUGCAACAAUUGGGCGUAUUUCAAGGAGCAUAUCUUCAAGUAUAAGGAGUGGAUAUUAGGGUUUGAAACGGGUAAAGAACUAAAAUUUUGUCACAAUGAUUUACAGCAGGGCAACAUCAUUCAUCUUUCACAACGAGAACGUAAUGAAGAAGCUUUCUUAAAAAGCAUAAUGAUGAUUGAUUAUGAAUAUGCAGGUCCAAAUAUUCCAGAAUAUGACUUGUCCAAUCAUUUGACAGAAUGGAUUCAUGAUUACAACACAGAGGAAUCAUACAAGUGUAAUGGUUCGAAAUAUCCAGAUAAAGCACAGAUUUUUUCGUUUAUUUAUUCAUAUUUAGAUUACCUCCCCAAUGAUAAUGGUGAAAAUCGUCUUGAAGUAGCAACAGACAUGUAUCAAUCGAUAUGGAGAUGGAGGGCAUGUGGACAAUUAUUUUGGUCACUUUGGGCAGUCUUACAAAGUGGCGUGCUUGUCGAUCACGUCGAUGAUAAGACAGAGGCAGAUUCCUUUAACUACUUGAAGUUUUGUCAGGAGAAGAUGAGUUUCUUUUGGGGUGAUUUGAUCCAAUACCAAAUUGCAUCUGCCUCAGACUUGGCAGAUUAUAAUGUACGAUACCUUGGUGAAUGCAUAUAG